AACCUGACUGCUCACAUAAACCGGAUCCGGAAAAUUUCAUUCGCGCACGCGCAGACCUCUUUCUUCCUUUCCGACGCUCGAGCGAAAAGAGACAAGAUGGGCCAUCAACAGCUCUAUUGGAGUCACCCCAGAAAAUUUGGACAGGGAUCCCGAUCCUGCCGGGUUUGCUCGAACAGACACGGCCUGAUCCGUAAAUACGGACUCAACAUGUGCCGCCAGUGCUUCCGGCAGUACGCAAAGGACAUCGGCUUUGUUAAGCUGGAUUAAAUGUCACGAUGCGCAAAGACGUCUGCCAACUGUUACCUGGAAGGCUGGAUGAAUGGGUU